GGAAGAUUAGUUUGCGAUCAGUCGUUGAGGGAGGCUGUAUCACUUUAUGAUGUGAUUGUAUUUAUUUAUUACACUUUUGUUCUGUUUCGAAAGGUUUUUCCGGGGUUAAGAUGAUCGGUAGUGAUUAUACUUUGGAGCUGUGCAAUGUUUUCCACUCGGGCCAAGUGGAGCCGGGCAGCUUCUUCCAGCGGCUGACGGGAGACGUGAAGACCGGAGUGAUCCUCAAGGAUGUCUCCUUCCUCACUCACAGCGGCGAAGUCACCGCCAUAUUGGGAUCUAAAGGAAGUGGCAAACGCGCUCUACUGGAUGUAAUCAGCCGCAGGGUCUCCUCCAAGGGCCACAUCCUGCUGGAGGGGGAGCCCCUGGAGGAGGAGUACUUCCGGAGCACGUGCGCGCUGGUGCGGCACUCCAGCAAGCUGCUGCCCGGGCUCAGCGUGCAGCAGACGCUGGCGCUGUCGCUCACCAAGAUUUCUGGAUACUUAAAGUCAUCAAAAGUUAAGCAAGUCAUGGCUGAUUUAGCUUUAUCACAAGUGGCCCACAAGUGCGUGACGAGCUUGACGAAGAGCGAAUAUCGGCGGCUGGUGAUAGGAGUACAACUCAUCCGAGAUCCAAUCGUCCUGCUGCUGGACGAGCCCACGUGGGACUUGGACCCCUUGAACACAUAUCUGGUGGUAUCCAUCCUCUCCAACGCGGCCAAGAAGUACGGGACUACCAUCAUUCUCACCAUGGAGAAACCACGAUCAGAUGUGUUCCCGUUCCUGGACCGAGUGGUGUACCUGUGCCUCGGCGACGUGGUGUACGCGGGCCCCACGCGCAACCUGCUGGACUACUUCGCCAGCAUCGGCUUUCCCUGUCCGCAGCUGGAGAACCCUCUCAUGUAUUACUUAUGCCUCUCGACAGUGGACAGACGUUCCCGCGAGCGGUUCAUAGAGUCCAACCAGCAGAUCGCGGCACUGGUGGAGAAGUUCAAGCUGGAGGGGCAGGCCGUCAUGCAGGGCCAGCUCGCAGAGCACGGCCGCAUCAUCAACCCCAACAAGAUACAGCUCAACUACGGCAAGGCGGGCGGGUUUAGGACUAUUUGGAUGCUGUACCUGCGAAUGUUGGCGUCGAUCUUCAACGUGAAGAGUCACGGCAUCAAGCAGAUGGCGAUGCGAUUGCUCACGUUGCCGAUAUAUUUUUUCAUUCUGUGGAUCUUUUACAAUGAAUCGAAGGAUUAUCAACGCGCUUUUGUGACCAGAAGUGGGCUUAUAUUCAACGCGAUGGUGGGGACAUACUUUAUCAGUAUCAUGAAUACUAUUUGCCUUUUUGCACCGUACCGCACGCGCUACUACCAGGAGUCGCAGGAGGGGCUGUACAGCGGUGCCAGCCUGCUGCUGGCCUGGAACCUGGUGUCGCUGCCCUUCUCCUUACUCACCUCCUUCGCUGCCACUGCUAUUAUCUAUCCGAUAGUGGGCGACUUGUCCGAUACGCUGGGUUACGUGUACUGCGCGCUAGUGCUGUGGUCGAGCUACGUGUACGCUGAGCAGCAAGCCAUCGCCAUCAUGAUGUUCGUCAAGAACGGGCUCGUGGCCGCCGUCGUCAACAUCUACAUCACUUGCAUCUACGUCAUGUUGGCCAGCGGCGUACUGAGAUCGUACCGCGGCUACGAGGAGUGGCUGUACUACCUCACGUACCUCACGCAUACGCGCUACGCCUCGCUGCUGCUGCACCGGCACGUCUUCGCGGCGCCCGCCUACAGCGCGCUGCCCUACAGCGAGCGCGAGAACUGCACCGGCGGCGGCAUCCACACCGCCAACGCCAACGCGCACGCCAACGACAAUUGCAGGUAUUCCAGUGGAAAGAGUUUUCUAGCGGAAAGGUUUACUGCAAAGAACUUCGCAGGUGACAUCUACCAGAUGGGCGACUUCAAUAUGGACUUUAACUUGGGCAUUUCCUUUGCCUUUUCUUUGGGUAUAAUUGUGUUGAACAAAGUCUUGUAUCUAAUGCCGUUACCGGGAUAUAUUACUGAUAAGUUUAGAGAAUAACAAAUAAAUUAAUAUUAUAUAAGACAUGUAUGACAUGUGUGCUCUAAGUGUUUUUGCCAACUCGUCCAAAUUCAAUGAGUCAUCUUGGUUAGUUUAGCACUUCCUCUGGCCACCUAUUCGUUUGAUGGUAGAGUUCGACACAUUUUACCGGAAAUCCAUCAAUUGAUGACUGAUCGAAACGAGAUCAUACAUUGACGACAGAUUUGACAUAAUUACAGUGUAUGCGGAAAAUCGUGGAAAAAUAGUUAAAAAUAUCUCUUUUCAACAUACAUACUCGGGAGAGAUAUUUCUGGGGAAAGUUACUCUUUAUUACCACUCAGCAAAAUUACGAGAGUUUGGCUAGCUGGCUGAGUGUUAAAGCAUCCGCCGUAUAGUCCUGACCUUGCACCUUCAGAUUUUCACUUGUUUCGGUCUUUACAGUAUUUCCUUGGGCAGUAUUAGGUUAACAUCACAAGAGGACUGCCAAAACCACUUGUCGCAAUUUUUUUAUCAAAAUCCCAAAAUUUUAUAGCAAUGGGAUCACGUCCCUAUCUACAAAAUGCAAAAAGAUAUCCAACAAAAUGGCACCUACAUGUAUUAGUCAAAUGUAAAUAAACUUUAUAAAAAAACCUAUUGAUUUUUUAUAUAAAAUAAGAAGAAACUUUUUCCUCAAACUAAUAGAUAAGGUGAUUUAAUGAAACAUUCUAGUGUAUACAUAAUAAUUUAUAUAUUUAAAAAACAGCAAUGCAAUAUUUUCCACAUUAAAACCAAAAUCUUAAAAAAUUCAAUUAUAACUAUAUUUUACAUUACAAAUAAUGAAAGCCUUAAUUAAUAAAUUUUCUAUCCUAAC